AUGGUGGUGAGUGGACACCAAGAACUGCUGCUGAAAUAUCUUCACGUCCCAACAAAACCAAACUUCCCAUCAGUGAAGAAAUUUAUUACCUACUCCUACCUUCCAUCACUUCCUUCUAAACCAUGUAACCCUCUUCCCUUUUCUUCUCACAAACUAAAACCUUUACACUCUUCUACCACCAUGGAUAAUUCAGCCUCUACAGACAGUGAAGUAGCCUAUGAUAUCCCUCCAAUCCUCAAAGUCUACAAAAACGGUCGUGUAGAGAGGCUAGAGGGUGUCCAGGUUCUUCCCCCGGGGCUUCAUCCUGAAACCAACGUAGAAUCCAAAGAUGUCAUAAUCUCCGAACAACAUGGUAUAUCCGCGAGGUUUUACAUUCCCAAAACCACUUACCCUCCGCCCCAAAAGCUCCCUCUCCUUGUUUACUUCCACGGCGGCGCCUUCAUAAUCGAAACACCGUUUUCUCCCAACUACCAUAACCUCCUAAACAAAGUUGUUUCAGAGGCUAAUGUCAUAGGCGUCUCUGUCCACUACAGGAGAGCACCGGAGCAUCCGGUUCCCGUUGCCCACGAAGAUUCGUGGGCUGCUCUCAAAUGGGUCGCUUCCCAUGCUGGUGGGGACGGCCCUGAGGAGUGGCUGAAGGAGCACGCAGAUUUUGGGAAAGUGUUCUUCGCCGGUGACAGUGCCGGAGCCAACAUCGCAAGCUAUUUGGGCAUUCGGGUUGGGACGGAAGGGUUACCUGGGGUGAAGGUUGUAGGGAUUGCUUUGGUGCAUCCUUAUUUCUGGGGAGUUGAACCGCUUGAGUGUGAGGCGAAGCGGCCUGAAGACGCUGCGAAGGUGCCACAGUUGUGGCGUUUUUCAUGCCCAACUACGAGUGGAUCGGAUGACCCGAUUAUCAACCCGAGCAAGGAUCCGAAUCUGGGAAAGCUUGGUUGUGAGAGGGUGCUUGUUUGUGUGGCUGAGAAGGAUUUGCUGAAGGACAGGGGUUGGUACUACAAAGAAACGCUCGAUAAGAGCGCGUGGUCUGGAGUUGUGGAGGUGGUGGAGACAAAGGACGAGAACCAUGUUUUUCAUCUGUUGGAUCCAAGCUGCGAGAAUGCUAAGGUUCUCCUUAACCGAAUUAUUUCCUUUAUUAAACAGAAUUGAACAUGUUAUGUGUGUUUAAGUUAUGUUUUUUAGUUCUCACUGUAACAGUGUAUGUCUUCCACUGAAGCCUGAUUUCUAAUUCCCUGUUUGAUAUUUGAUCCA